AUGAAUGCAUUAAUCGUUGCGACGAUUGUCGCGCUCUUCGCGGCCAACGUGUCCGCCAGACGUCUCUGCGACAAACGCGUCAUUGCCGGCGCCGACACCGUCUGCGUCUGUAACGCCACCUAUUGUGACGACAUGCCGGCGCUCCCGACGCCCACCAAAGGCGUCGCCACAGUCUUCGAGAGCAACAAAGGCGGCGACCGUUUCGUCGAAUCGCGGCUCGACUUCGCGUCCGAAAGACCGCCGAACGGCUCCCAAAGUGUGGAAAUACGCGUCAAAACGGAGCAACGCUUCCAACGAGUGCUGGGAUUCGGCGGCGCCUUCACCGACACCGCCGGCCAAAUGCUGUCUUCAGUUCCGGCCUCUUUGGCCGAAGCGGUGCUGCAGUCGUACUUCGGCGCCGACGGAAUCGGGUAUUCCUUUUGCAGGGUUCCGAUGGCGGGAACGGAUUACUCGCCGCGUCCUUACAGUUACGAUGACGUCGACGGCGACCUUCAACUCAAACACUUUGCCCUUCAGAAGGAAGACCUCGAGUGGAAGAUUCCGUUCAUCCGUCGCGCCCAACAGAUGUCGCCCCUCCCUCUGCGGCUGUUCGCGAGUCCGUGGGCGCCGCCCGCCUGGAUGAAGGACAACCACAAGGUCAACGAGUCGGGCGCUCUGAUUGGCGCAGUGGGCGGCGCCUAUUACGAGGCGUGGGCGCAGUAUUUCGUGCGCUUUCUGGACGCCUAUCGUCGCGAACACGACAUCUCCUUCUGGGGACUGACGGUAGAGAACGAGCCGGUGCAGGGAAUGCUUAAUAAACACCACCCCUUCAACUGCCUCAAUCUCAGCGCCGAAUCCGAGGCCGCGUUCGUGGCCCGCAAUCUCGGACCCGCGCUCCGGACGGCCGGAUACAGCGAUCUCGUGCUUCUCGUGUACGACGACGCGGGAAAGGAGGUCAAGGAGUACGCGGAGGCGGCGCGCGCCGCGGCCGCGGAGUUCGUGGGGGGCGUGGCCUUCCACUGGUACGCCAAUGACGUCAUGAAGCACGGCUUCCCCGACUCCGCCCUCGACUCCCUUCACGCCCUCUAUCCCGAUUGGCUGGUCAUCAACUCGGAGGCGUGUCAUCUGAAGGGCUUGGGAGUCGGCGAUUGGCAGUACGGCCUUCGCUACGCCUUUGACGUCAUUCGGGAUCUCAACCAUUGGGUGAGCGCUUGGAUUGAAUGGAAUUUGGCGCUCGAUAUGAACGGAGGUCCGCGUUGGCCGGAGAAGCAGGGAUACGGGGGAGCCGUUAAUGUGGACGCCGAGAGGGGGGAGGCGCUGAAGAACCCCUCGUUCUACACUUUGGCCCACUUUUCGAAAUUCAUUUCUCCGGAAUCCGUGCGAAUUGGCCGCGAAGUGAGCGCCGAAGACGAUUUGGUGUCCGUUUUGACGGUUCAAAGACCCGACAAUCAGACCGUUUUGGUGGCACUGAAUGCCGAUUCCGCCGAACGCGUACUGAACGUGGAAUUCGAGGGGAAAUGGAUUUCUCACAGAAUUCCCGGUUUUGGAAUUCAGUCCUAUAUUUGGUAGAAAUUCUUGGAAUAAAUUACAGAA